AUAGCGAGGAGCUCUAUACUUGACCUAUUAACAGUCUCUGUUGACACAUAAAGGUGGUCCUAAAUUCCCCACCCUACUAUUCCCUCCUGCCUCCUUCGCACACACCCUGUUCCUGCCUGCCCUUUUUUUCCAGUCCUGUUGUUAAGGUUUUUUUUUUUGGAUAGACUUAGCUUCAGACUGAAAUCUCCAGACAAGAGGAGGAUUCAGACUUAGAAGAACAGGAGGACAAGGCUGUAGAGAAACAAAAAAGUGGCAGAGACUCCUCAUAUCAACCCGCAGGUGAAAAAUAAACUGUGAAAAUGUUCAGCUGGAUGAAGAAGAAUGAGAAGAACAAGAAGACCCCAGAAGUCAUCCAUACGGUCACUGAGGGUCUCAAAGACCUGUAUAAGAAGAAGCUGAAACCAGUAGAAGAUUACUACCGGUUCCACGACUUCCAUUCUCCAGCCCUGGAAGAUGCUGACUUUGACAACAAGCCCAUGGUGUUGGUCAUGGGGCAGUAUUCCACUGGGAAGACCACCUUCAUAAAGUAUCUCCUUGAGCAGGACAUCCCGGGGAGUCGCAUUGGACCUGAGCCCACCACCGACUCUUUUAUUGCCGUUAUGCAUGGAGAAACUGAGGGCAUCACUCCAGGCAAUGCGCUGAUGGUUGACCCCAAUAAACCCUUCCGAAAACUCAACCCUUUUGGGAACACUUUUCUGAACAGGUUCAUGUGUGCCCAUCUGCCUAACAAAGUUUUGGAAAGCAUCAGCCUAAUAGACACUCCGGGCAUCUUAUCUGGGGCCAAGCAGCGGGUGAGCAGAGGUUAUGAUUUUCCAUCUGUCCUUCAAUGGUUUGCUGAGCGAGUCGAUCGUAUCAUUCUUCUUUUUGACGCCCACAAGUUGGAGAUUUCAGAUGAGUUUUCCGAGGCCAUUAGAGCUCUGAAGGGUAAUGAAGACAAAAUACGCGUUGUCCUGAACAAGGCCGACAUGGUGGAAACCCAGCAGUUGAUGCGUGUAUAUGGUGCCCUGAUGUGGUCUCUGGGCAAAGUGUUUAAUACACCUGAAGUUUUACGGGUCUUCAUAGGCUCCUUCUGGUCUGAGCCUCUAAUGAUUUCCGACAAUAGACAUUUGUUUGAACUUGAGGAGCAGGACUUGUUCCAAGACAUCCAGAACCUGCCCAGGAACUCGGCUGUGCGAAAGCUCAAUGACCUGGUAAAGAGAGCCAGGCUGGUUAGGGUCCAUGCUUACAUCAUCAGCUACUUGAAGAAGGAAAUGCCUUCUGUCUUCCGGAAGGGAAACAAGAAGAAGCAGCUUAUUAACGAGUUACCUGUUAUUUAUGCCAAGAUUCAACUAGAACAUCAUAUUUCUCCUGGAGAUUUCCCUGACUGUGCCAAAAUGCAAGAACAGCUCAUGAUUCAUGACUUCACCAAGUUCCACUCACUGAAGUUGAAUAUGAUUCACAUUCUUGAUGACAUGCUGACAGUUGACAUUGCCAAACUGAUGCCUCUCCUGCGUCAAGAAGACCUAGAAACCAUCGACAAUGUUGUACAAGGAGGAGCCUUUGACGGAAACCACAAUGGUCCUUUUAUUGAAGGCUCCACUGAUGGCAUCUUAGAAGGCAUUGAAGAUGAGGAGUGGGUGGUUACAAAGGACAAACCAAAAUAUGAUGAGAUCUUCUUCAACUUAGCCCCCACUGAUGGCAAAUUGAAUGGUAUCAAGGCAAAGAACUGGAUGAUAGCAACCAAGUUACCAAACUCUGUCCUAGGCAAGAUAUGGAAACUUUCUGAUGUUGAUCGUGAUGGCAUGCUGGAUGACGAAGAAUUUGCUUUGGCAAGUCAUUUGAUUGAAGUCAAACUGGAAGGGCACGGGCUUCCUCCUGAGUUGCCCAGACACCUAGUGCCACCAUCCAAGAGGCGACAGAAGGGGUCCGCCGAAUAAAUGCCCUUGAGCUUCGAAGUUGUUGUCCUUAACCCUAACCUAUUGCACAGUCACAAACUCAAUGUCCUCCAUCGGAACAUUCUUCAUCAAAUGAUACUAACCUAAGCCAAUUAUUCUCAAGACACCGUGUCUGCUACAAUAUAUGCAAGUUACUUACCAAGUUUAGAAGCUCAGAACUCCUCAUUUGGGGGCGCCAGGAAAAGUAUAUGGUUAAAGAGGGAAUACAACAAGGCCUAUUAUACCAAAGUCUGGGUAAAGCACAACAUAGAAGAACCCAGGUCGACCACACAAACUACGGCCAUUGGUGUUGAAUUCCUGGACUGUAACGUGUGACAAAACAUGCCCUAUACAACACAUCUCUGUAAGAUGAAUAAUGUUAGGUUGACCAAUAUGUCCUCCGUCCCCUCUGUGAUAUUGAGAGCAGCCAUUUCGAAUAUAACUCACUUGAAGAGGGGUGAAUUGGUCAAGUGAAUGUGUUGGGAUGGGUUGAUCAACUUGUGAAUCUGAGCUGUCCGUCAUGUAUGUUGUUACAUAACUUACACUAGAAACUUAAUGUUGUAUACUCUGCUUUCCUCACUGAUUGGAAUAUAAGCAGCAGGUCACCAUUAUGCCUUAUUGCUUUAAGAUAUAUAUAUUUGUAUACGUGUUUGCUUCAAUAAUAUCACAGGGGUUCUGUGGUCAAGAAAAUAAUGUACGUAAUUACUAAAAAGAGCUAGGCAAAAUUAUACAGCCCGAGCCGUUGUCAGCAGAACUGAGAUUUGUAUAGCUUCAGACAAUAUAAGUCAAGCUGAAUCGGAGUGGGGGGAUUCACCAAGUGUGCAACAUAGGCAGCUGCACGAGGGCCUAGGACAGUGAUGGCUAGCCUCCGGCACUGCAGCUGUGGUGAAACUACGACUCCCAGCAUGCUCCAUUCAUUUCUAUAGAAUUCUGAGAACAGUCAUGCAGGUGUGCAUUUUGGGAGUUGUAGUUUUACCACAGCUGGUGUGCCGGAGGUCAGCCAUCACAGCCCUAGGACAUAAGGGGUCACUGCUAAAUGAAAGGGGUUAUCACAUGAUUAAAGAAAAAACUGACUUUAUACUACAGUACAUAAUAAAGCUAGAACCAGCCCUGUACCUCACAAGGAUCCAGAGAUCUCCCCAUUCAUUGUUCCAAUUCCUCUGCUAGCUUUAUUUAAAGCUGGCAGCUCAGGGAAUGUGUUCUUUCUUGGGGGGUGUCCUUACUGCUGCAGCUCUCUCCCUACCAUGGCUCAGGGUGCAUGUCCUUUCGGCUGCAGUGCUCGCCCUGUGACUGCAGAUCUGGCUGGUGGCAGCUGAAGGAUAGAAGAGAGCAAGUGUGAACACCUCAGCGAGGUUACUGAGGUGGACAGACAAAUGAGGAGAAGAAUAAACAGCAGGUGGCGCUAUACAUAUGGAUUUUAUUUAAUAAUUAUUCUAUUACAAGCAAUUACAAAAGUAUUCAGAUCCAGGUGCUGGUUUGAAAACUGUAGAAAAUUUUUCAUAGGACAACCCCUUUAAAUGAAAAUGAAUAACACCUCAAAUGCAAACAGAGCCCCUGCUUCCCAUGUGUCUUUAUAUGUGGCAGAGGGUCCUCUGGCCCCCGUCAUGCACCAGGGACUGGUGUGACUGCUACCUCUGCUCCUCUAUAGCUACAACCCUGCAGUGAAGGAUUUUUAGGAGCACCAUGAAGGACAUUGUCCAUACCUUGCAUCCCAAACUGUGGCCCCAGCUAUAUACUGUGGCCCCAGCUGUUCGCGUUCACUCUGCUGAGAAUCAAACCUCAUUCAAUAUAGCUAAUAUAUAUAUAUAUUAUAGCCCCUGUUAUAUGCUGAGAAAUCUGACGUGCUUACAGCCUGGUUCCUUGUAGCGACUCAAAUCGUGGAGUAAUAUGCACACUUGACUACUAUGUAAUACUGGUGCUCAGACAGCAAAUAAACAGCGAAUUAAAAAUGUA